CUUGUCUUUCUCCUGAGUAGGAGGAUUACAGCUUAACUUGUCCUGAUCAUUGACAAGCUUGACAUCUUGCAAUAUAGUUCUCCUCCCCCUCCAAAAAAAAAAAGGGCCAAGGUUUUGAAAUUUGGCUUCAUCAAGAAUGAAGAAUUGCCUUCAACCAAAUCUCCCACCAGGUUUCAGGUUUCAUCCAACAGAUGAAGAGCUCAUCCUUCAUUACCUCAGAAAGAAGAUGACCUCCACUCCUCUUCCUGUCUCCAUCAUUGCUGAAGUUGAUCUAUACAAGUUUGAUCCAUGGGAAUUACCAGGCAAGGCAACGUUUGGGGAGACAGAAUGGUACUUCUUCAGUCCUAGGGACCGGAAAUACCCAAACGGCGCGAGGCCAAACAGAUCGGCGGCGUCAGGUUACUGGAAGGCAACCGGGACCGACAAGAUCAUAUUGGACUCGUCCACCGGCAAGAAUCUCGGUGUGAAGAAGGCGCUUGUGUUCUACCAGGGGAAACCUCCUAAAGGAAUCAAGAGCCAGUGGAUCAUGCAUGAGUAUCGCCUAGCGAACUCUCCCGUUCCCAUCUACAGCGACAAAGCCAUCAAGCUUAAAGAGUUGUCCAUGCGAUUGGACGAGUGGGUUCUCUGUCGCAUCUACAAAAGAUCAAGUGCAGCAUAUUCCAUAACACCGAUGGCGACAGCGAGCGAUGAUCCGGAGGAAGAACAGCGCUUGACUAGAGAAGAUAUCAAUAACGACAACAGCACCGUCGAUGCGAUCAGGCCCAUGAUGAUGAUGAACGGUUCUUCAUCCUUCUCCAACUUGUUUGAUGCCGUGGACUUCUCGAUGCUGAGGAACUUCCUGUCGGACGAUUACAAUGGCCAGUGCAGUAAUGCUAAUGAUGUUAGGGACGUCUUGGUCUCAACUCAGAGUGCGAAUCAAGCGAGUUUGGACCAGAAGAUGUUUCAGAGCCUUCCUCAGUUGACAAGCUACUCAGCGGCAUCGCAGAAUCCGCUCAAGCGCAAGUAUUCAUGGAACGAAGAUUCAGAUGCGGCGAAUUUGGUGAAGAGAAAUUUGAUGAGCCAGACGUUCUUGGAUCAGCAUGUGCUCUUGAGCCCGCAUCUUCAUCAUCAGUUUCAAGGGUUUUGAAUUGUUAGAUCUCCGGAAAAUUGAGGGGAAAAAAGAAAAGUUGUUGUGAGGAGAUUCAUAUGGGAAUGUAAUUUAUUUAGCAUAUUGUCAAAGUUCACCAUUAGUGAAAAUAUAUUGUACGUCAAUAUAUGAGAUUUUAUGAUUGUGAGGUUUCAUCA